AUGCCAAGAAUUCGUAGAUUGCAAGAUGACGAAGAAGAAGAAGAAGAAUAUUUUCCUCUAUGGAAACAAACUGGAUCUGAGCAUUCACGUUCUACAGAGGAAGAGAACAAUGGAUCUUCUGAAAGCAAUACAGGUCCCAACCAAGGCACCCAAGUCCGAGUAGAUGAGAAUGGUCGUAUCAUCUUAGAAAUAGAAGGAGGAAGAUUAAUGCAGCCAUUUAGUUCUGAGAUGGACCAUGACGAAUCUGGUCUUCAAGUGCAGCAGAAUAGCCCUCCUAAUAACUUGACUACUGUAUUUUCUGGACCAUAUUCACUUGGGAGAAUCACAUCUAGUACAAACAACGGAACUAUUCUUGGUUCACACUUCACGAAUGGGUGGGAUCAGUUGGAAAUCAGUCUAGUGUUGGUGAAUCUGGUCACUCUGGGGGCAGCCUGA